UGCUCUCUGAAGCGGGAGCCUGUCUCCCGUGCCCCCCGGAGGAGUGGAAGGCGGGCUCACAGCUUCCUCAGGGCAGUCUUCAGAAGGGAAAUCUGAGAGUCAUAACAUCUUAUAGUUUGGCUUGACAUCCGUGGUCAUGCGGUGGGCCCAAAAUAAACUCUGUGCUUCAAAGGAGAGCUCUUCAAAGCUGCCUGGCACAACAGCUGGAAGCUCAGGGCCAGCACAGGAGACAAACUCAGGGAGCAUGUUCUGAGUUCAGGCAGUCAAGAAAAAUCUCUUUGUUGCUCAGACCCCGUGCCCCUGCCGCAGAGGCUCACAGGGACUUGUCACCUGCUGAGUGCUUGUGACUGCUGAGUCUCUCUUCUGGAAGCUGGAGAAGAGGUGGCCGAGAUGGCGACCGAGAUCACCACUCGGGGCAGCCAGCGUGCCAUUGGGCAAGAGGAGUACAGCCUGUACAGCAGCCUGAGCGAGGAGGAGCUGCUCCAGAUGGCUAUCGAGCAGAGCCUGGCAGACAAGACUCGGGGCCCCAGCCCUGCUGAGGCCGCUGUGUCCUCUCAGACCAACCAUCAGCCAGACCGCCUCCACCCAUGGACCAGGUCCUCCUCGCCUCCCGAGAGCCAACCGGCCCACGCACCCCUAGGCCUGUUCCAGGGGGUCAUGCAGAAGUAUAGCAGCAACCUGUUCAAGACCUCCCAGAUGGCGGCUAUGGACCCCGUCCUAAAGGCCAUCAAGGAAGGAGAUGAGGAAGCCUUGAAGGUCAUGAUCCAGGAUGGAAAGAAUCUUGCCGAGCCCAACAAGGAGGGCUGGCUGCCGCUGCAUGAGGCUGCCUACUACGGCCAGGUGGGCUGUCUGAAAGUUCUGCAGCAAGCCUACCCAGGGACCAUUGAUCAGCGCACCCUGCAGGAAGAGACAGCAUUAUAUCUGGCCACAUGCAGGGAACACCUGGACUGCCUCCUGUCGCUGCUCCAGGCGGGAGCAGAGCCUGACAUCUCUAACAAAUCCAGGGAGACUCCGCUUUACAAAGCCUGUGAGCGCAAGAAUGCUGAGGCGGUGAGGAUAUUGGUGAGCUACAACGCAGACGCCAACCACCGCUGCAACCGGGGCUGGACGGCGCUGCAUGAGUCUGUCUCACGCAAUGACCUGGAGGUCAUGGAGAUCCUAGUGAGCGGUGGGGCCAAGGUGGAGGCCAAGAAUGCCUACAGCAUCACCCCCUUGUUUGUAGCUGCCCAGAGCGGGCAGCUGGAGGCCCUGAGAUUCCUGGCCAAGCAUGGCGCAGACAUCAACACGCAGGCCAGUGACAGCGCAUCGGCCCUCUACGAGGCCUGCAAGAAUGAGCACGAAGACGUGGUGGAGUUUCUUCUCUCACAGGGCGCUGACGCCAACAAAGCCAACAAAGAUGGCCUGCUUCCCCUGCAUGUGGCCUCCAAGAAGGGUAACUAUAGGAUAGUGCAGAUGCUGCUACCUGUGACCAGCCGCACUCGCGUGCGCCGCAGUGGCAUCAGCCCUCUGCACCUGGCGGCUGAGCGUAACAACGACGGGGUGCUGGAGGCGUUGCUGGCCGCGCGCUUCGACGUGAACGCGCCCCUGGCUCCGGAGCGAGCGCGCCUCUACGAGGACCGCCGCACCUCUGCGCUCUACUUCGCUGUGGUCAACAACAAUGUGUACGCCACCGAGCUGCUGCUGCUGGCGGGCGCCGACCCCAACAGCGACGUCAUCAGCCCCCUGCUGGUGGCCAUCCGCCACGGCUGCCUGCGCACCAUGCAGCUGCUGUUGGACCACGGAGCCAACAUCGACGCCUACAUCGCCACGCAUCCCACAGCCUUCCCCGCCACCAUCAUGUUUGCCAUGAAGUGCCUGUCCUUGCUCAAGUUUCUCAUGGACCUAGGCUGCGAUGGCGAGCCUUGCUUCUCCUGCCUGUACGGCAACGGGCCGCACCCGCCCGCCCCUCGACCCAGCCGCUUCCACGAUGCGCCAGUGGACGACAAGGCACCCAACGUGGUGCAGUUCUGUGAGUUCCUGUCGGCGCCGGAAGUGAGCCGCUGGGCAGGACCCAUCAUUGAUGUCCUUCUGGACUAUGUUGGCAACGUGCAGCUGUGCUCCCGGCUGAAGGAACACAUUGACAGCUACGAGGACUGGGCCGUCAUCAAGGAGAAGGCAGAACCUCCGAGACCUCUGGCUCACCUCUGCCGGCUGCGAGUGCGGAAGGCCAUAGGGAAGUACCGAAUAAAACUCCUGGACACACUGCCGCUCCCGGGCAGGCUGAUCAGAUACCUUAAAUAUGAGAACACACAGUAGCGGUCCUGAAGAGGAGACUUGGCCUUCAGACAGUUUCCAUGACAACCCCAGGUGGUCUGCAUCCAGGAGCACUUGGGGACCAGAACAAAGCUACAGAGUGUGAUCUUGCUGGGUCUCUGUACUAGAGCUUCGCCCAGAGUGAGAGCCAGAUGUGUGGAGUAGACGAGGAACUUCCUGUUUCACACUGUUGAAUGAAUUAUAGACUUGCUCUGCCACUGGGCAUAGCCAGAGACCUUCAACCAGGGGCCAGGGCAGAGCUGGGCUGGGACAGGCAGCCCAGGCAGGAAUCUUGGCCUUCAGCUGGAGAAUUUCUGGAAUGACUUCACCUGUGAUUUCCUCAAUGGACUCUCAGAUUUCAGGCUGGGGUGGGUGACCUUCCUCAGCCAGAGUGCUUCGCUGAGCACAAUAAAUGUUGCGUACAGAU